AUGAUGUUUCGCAUCUGUGAUGAGUCACAGAUUAGGUUCGCUUGGUGCCUCGUCGAAAGUUGUCAGAGCCCGUCGCUCAGGCCAGUCUUUCUCUCUUCCCGAGCAGGAUCGGGCGUAGAUUCGCCGGAUGGAGGUGGUGCCAUUUCUGUCCCUGCCAAGGAAACCUCUGACCCUUCGGAAAUGAAAAAGAAUCUGGACGAGUUUUCCAAGAGGCCAGAACACAAGCAUGGAGACUGUUGCGUCGUUGUCAUCAUGAGUCACGGAUACCAGGGGUCAGGUUCCGAUCCCAAGACGUCAUCUCCCUUUGUCAUUUCCUGUUCUGACGGGAAGACGCUUCAGGUUGAAUGGAUCAUCCAAAAAUUCAACACCGUUGAGUCCUUGAAGGGAAAACCAAAGUCCAGGCUUCUCGGGCAUCAAAUUGAGAUAGACUUCCGAGCCAAAUUGGAUUGGUCGUACUUUGCAUUCGGAGAUGAGGGAAUGCUUGGAGAUGAGAGUUCCAUGUGGCUGACGGCGUUCGCAGUCAAGGUCCUUGGUCGAUCUCGUCCCUUCGUUUUCGUCGAUGAGAAUGAAUGGCUGAGGAACGUCCGCUGGAUCGCUGAAAAGCAGUUCCCCUGCUUUUCCGGCUGCUUACGGCUGCUUCUCCGAUCUCGGGUGGUUCCCCGCGCAUCACGAGCCGGUGUGAAAGAUAUUACUUUUAUUGGUGUCCAUCAUAAGCAAACAGAAUUGCAGAUUUCUGAGCUGGUUUUGAGGAUAGAACACGAGGAUAAAGAAAAUGAGAAAGUUUAA